UCAAAGUGCGACAAUUGAGCGGUGAGUAUCGGUGUGUACAGGGCUGUGACUAUACAGUUACCUGUGGCAGUAUUAACUGUUGUUGGGACUUAAACGGAAGAGGUACUAGGACAUCAUACUCGUAACUAGAGACUAAAGUCUGCUCUAUCCAGCAAUGGAUGUUCCAAGCAGUCCUGGUUCACAUUUGAGAGUCAAGUCUCCACACCGACAUAGAAGGCGUCACCAUUCUCCCAGUCGUACAGGAAGCGGAAGUGAUUUGCGUCAGUCUAGACAGGUGACCGUAGUGACCAAUUCUGGUAAACAGGAAGGAGAUGAGUUUGAACUGCCACCGAGAGAUUAUCAAAAUCCAUUGGUACAGGAAUCGGAUGGAAAUUUCUUUGAAAGUUUCACAGCGUUGUCAUGGAGACAGGCUAACAAGAGAUUACGUGCAACAUCGGAGGAUGGUCACGACCGACACCCACCGUCAGAGGCACAGUUCGCUGUGAAGCCGAAAUCUCAGCAUCUUACAAAGAAUGAGUUUGAGCUUCUGUAUAUCGAAGUCCUAUACACCAUCAAACAUAAGAUCGGGACAACAGCAGGCGGACACUCGCCAUUUAUACAGGACUUGUACCAGUAUGCACAGGAAGCGUUCGGAAUCAGUCCGGAAGACCACGCCCACCUUCUGGCUAGAGCUACAGAGGAAAAGCCUCCUAUUGUCGUCGUGAAUAUAACAGUGAUCAAAGCGAAGGACUUAGAAGCCAAAGAUGCUGAUGGAUUCAGUGAUCCCUAUUGCAUGCUCGGUAUAUGGCCAGGUCGGCUGCAAGAUGGUGAUGUUUUCUCAGACGAAGACGAGCAAACAAAAUCUAAGGAAAAGAAAGGAAGCAUUACUCGGAAACUGUCAAUGCCCGGAUCAAAAAAGAAACGAGACAAAUCGGCUCGUGACGUCAUUCCGGCCAAAUAUAUCCGGAGUACAAAUGUUGUUCAGAACACACUUAAUCCGGUAUGGAACGAGAGGUUUAGAUUUGAUUUGGAAGACGUUCAUUCGGAUCGACUUCACCUGGAUAUAUGGGAUCAUGACGACGAAUUCUCUGUGAUCGAAGCAGCUAAGAAACUAAAUGAAGUUAAAGGUUUAUCGGGACUGGGUCGAUACUUUAAACAAGUGGCCCAGUCGGCCAGGACAACCAAGUGUAGUGGCAGCGUAGACGACUUUCUGGGUUGUGUUACAAUAGCCCUUGAUGACAUCCCGUCCACGGGAAAGGAGAGAUGGAUCUCUCUGGAAGGCCGAACAGCUCGGUCCAACAUACAGGGGGAGAUCAAGCUGAAGCUAAGUCUUGCUACGCGAGAGGACCGCGGAAUACCGGAGGACGAUAACUGGACUGACGUUCGUCAGCAUGAAGACCUCAUGUCCGUGUUUGUUCAGCACGAAGUCAGAAAAAUGGACGAUUCUCCAUCUAAAUGGAGGGGAGACUUGCCGAAAGCAGCUAUGACGAUCCUUCAUCAGCAUGCAAUUCAGGGAGAUGUCACAGAUGCCCAGCAGGCAAUGUGUAAAUGGAUAGCGUACAGUCGGAAACACAUGGAACAUCAUUUCGACUACCGGAUACUUCUCAAGCUUCUUGGCGAACUUGAUCGCUUAUGGACACCAGAUUCGUUCUCCCGGGAAGAGGAAGAAUGUCUGGCUGAAUCCUUCAAACAAUUCAAUCAAUAUUGCCUUAGUCUGCUUAGUAAACAACGAGAAGUGUUCCCAACAUCCUGUAAACAAAGCAUCUCUCGACUUGAAGCCAUGAUGCAAUGCCUGGCAAACGUGUACAGUAUAGAUGUAUUCAGACGAGUUUGUCCGUUUGAAAAGGAACUACUGCCGGAGGUCAAGGUAGCAAUAAAGAAAGGGACCCAAGAAUGGUACGAUAGAAUAAGUCACCUUAGGCAAGCAAGCUCAAAGUCAGGUGACCACGAAGAGGACAUCAUACAAAGGCUGAUCGAAUUAACCAACCACCUGAACGCUGAUUUGGUAUCCGCUUCGCUAACCUACAACCUGCUAUAUGAACAAAUUUUCAAAGUAAACUACUGUGAUACGACAUAUCGCCAGCUGGAGAAAUGGCUUUCAGCAGAUGUAUUCAAAGGCCUACAGGAAGAGCUCGGAGAGGAAUUCAAUAAGGACUUGAGACAAACGCUGAGUAAAGUAGAAUCCCGAUCAGAGGAGGCUUCCACGAGAGGUUCAAGCCUUAUUAUGGGAACCUGUUUAUUCGAACUGUACUUGGCUUUGCAAGAAUUCUGCAAUUUUCGUGAAAAUUUACCAAAUGGAGAUCGAAGAAAUGUCCAGAUUGUACGAUAUUACCAGUGGUUCAGAUUUGUUGUGGCCAAUUGGAUUGAAGUUGCCAGACAAAAAUCUCUUCAGAGAAUCGUGAAAGCUGUGGAACUCGACAAGGUAGCCGAAGUAAGUGAGGGUACGAAGUAUAGUACUUCAGCGGUCGAUGUGUGUUGCUGCUUUUCACAGAUGACCGAAUUUUGGAAGCAGUUGAAUUGGCCAGAUCUCCUGGAUGCCUUUCCAUUAGUUCAAAAAUUGGCAGAGGACAUUAGCAAGGGCGCUGUGAUGUAUGCAGAUAUGAUACACCAGAAACUAAAAGAUGAAGGCUAUUACGACGAGGUUGGGCAGUUUGAUGUCACUGAACAGCUCUGCAUUACAAUAAACAACAUAGAACAGGUUCGCCGAGCCUUGAAGCCUCUUCCUGAGAUGUUAAGAUUCGCUGACAUACAAAGAGCUGUCGAAGCAAGCAACGGUACUGGAAAAGGCUGCAAAUUUAACCUCAGUACCAUCGUCAAGGAGGCAGACGAAUGUAUGGUGAGGAAAAUCAAGACAGUCGUCGACCGCGUGGCAGACAAGAUGAGGCCAGAUAUAAAGAAGGACGUUUUCCACUUAAACUGGGCACCAGAAUCGGUCCCUGCUGACGAUGCAAUCGGGGACUUGCUUACGUACCUUGACAGCAACUUACUGACUAUGAAUAAGAAUCUGCUCAAGACAAACUUUGACCGAAUUCUGUUAUCACUCUGGAUGGAAGUCUUGGCGGAAUUCAAAGAGACUAUUUUGAAAGAAGAACCGAGGCAACCGAUUCUGUAUAAGAGAAUGUAUGACGCAAUAGAGCUACUAGUCGACUUUUUCUAUGCAAACGAAAAAGGCCUGCAAAUGCAAAAGAUUCAGUCUGAGCAGUACAAGGAACUGAAAGAGUUACUUAGCCUGCACAAACUCAACACAUUCCCGCUGAUAGAAGUUUUCUUUGACGAGAAAUUACAACAACAGAAGGAAUGCACGAGCAAGGAGUAUGGAAUUCUCAACGUAAGGAUGUGUUACAGACAAGACUCACAGUCACUCCUGGUGGAAGUCCUUAACGCGAAGGAUGUUAUACCGCUCGAUGCCAAUGGUCUGAGUGAUCCGUUUGUACUUCUCCAGCUGUGCCCAGAACACGUGUUCCCAAAUGUUACGAUACAGAAAACGAAUAUUGUGAAAAAGACAUUGAAUCCAAUAUUUGAAGAAACGUUUGAAUUUGACAUCACUCCCGAGCAGUGUCGCCACGCUGGAGGCGUCCUUGUGAUGACGGUGAUGGACCAUGACUACGUAUUCCAGAACGAUUUUGCUGGGGAAGUGUACGUCAGUCUCUCGGAUCUGCCUGGCGUAGAGGAGGAAAUAUCAGGAUUCGACGCCUUAAGCAUCACAUCAUUCCCCAUGAUGCAACCAAAACACAAAGAAAAUGGGGCAUUGGACGUGUUAGCAGCACGGAGCUGGGAUAAGGAUGCAGAUGAGUUUGUCAAGAAAAGGAAGAAAGUUGAGGAACAAGCUGUUUGAAGGAAAUUUAUCACAUAAAUCGAAUUCAUUAAAGCUACAAAGUCAAGAUUAUGCUGGCAAAAUAUUCCAUAAGAGGAAUAGGAAACCCACUUGGAUUGGAUACGGCAAUGAAAUCCACUCCUCAAAAAACCAAAGGAUAUUUUGUCGCGGAUAGAAUGGCCAUCGCUCUUCAAACAUCCUAAACAUUUUGUCAAGAUAAAACUAGAAACUCGCAAGAGGUGAUGACGGGAAAGUUUUCUUAGAGAUGAAAUUAAUCCAAAACGGUUCAGAUUUUUAAAAAAAGAGAGUUUCUAAUAUCUUUUCACAUAAAAUGCCUUACGACUUUUUCUUGAAAUAACAAUGCCAACGCCAAUAUGAAAUUAAAAUUUCCAAGUCUGUCAUUUACCUUUUUGGAAUAUUUAAAGAGAAUAUAUGCAAUUGGCAGUUACAGAACAAAACACUUCCGCAAUAAUUAUCAUGCUUUUAUUUUUACUUUUGAGAUUGUUAAUUCUUUAAGAUUAUAUUUGACAUUUAAUUGGCGGUUCAAAUUUGUUUCAGACAAAUCUGUUUUCUGAAAGAUGAGAUUUGUAUCAUCUUCUGAAUACCUGAAAAAAGUUGUUUGUGAUUGUUCUGAUUCAAUACAUUGUAUUAGUGUUUACAUGCGAUUGAUGUUAAUGUCAUAUAUUUGUUAAGGAAAUUUUACAGAUACUUUCGACAAGGUACAAAUAAGUAUGUCAUAAUAUUGUCAUAUGUCCUAGAUCUGUAAUUGAAAUUUAAGAAUUAUUGCUCACUGAUUGCUUGAUGAAAAAGUUAAAUAUCCCUGUUUAAAUGACAGACACUAUUAGAUCUAAGUAUUUAUUUGCAAAUUAGAACCAUUCAACUGUGUUGACUUUGCUCAUUCAAUGAUGGACGAAGCACCUAAUACAGAAAUCUAUUUAAUAUUAAGAAAAUAAAAUAUCCUAAUUGAAAAAUUGUAAAAAGGCUAGAAAUGUGAACUUCGCAGAAAUUUUGCUUACAUGGUUGUAUGAAAUUUUGAAUUCUUAUUUGAUAGUUAUCAUGCUUUUAGAUUUAAUUUGCUCAGAUAAUUUCCAAUAUUAUGCCUAACGUGAUGUUGCUAAACACGGACCAGAUAAAAUCAUACAGUAUCUUAGAGAAAUGAAAAGUCCUUCUUAUUCGAUUGUUAGAUAGCAAAAUCUAUAAAUUGUGCUCAAUUAGCAAAACGUUUCUUGGUAACUCAGAGAAAUCCACAACUCUCAAUAUCUGAUAUUUUGGAAAGUUUGUAAAUGUGACAUUUUAAUUCACUACUUUGAAGGUGUAUAACGCGCCAGUUUAUAUCUUAUGCAAUGUUCUAGUCCGUUAAACCAGUCCUAAUUAGUGACCAUUAUAUAGCAGGUUACAGUGAAUUGACAUGCACUUUACAAUAUCUUAUUAUAGACUGAUGUUGACCAUUGUUUAUGUUUGAUGUAAGAACAUACAUUGUCCACGUGUGUAAUUACAAGGUUCAUCUUAGCACAUAUAUGUAUUAUUUGUGGCGUAAUUAAAAACUUCGCGCAUUGUCAAAUUCCAACAGAGUAGCGCGAUGAGGAAUUAGAGCACCCACAUUUUCUGCAAUAGAAGUUGCAUAUAAAAACGGAGCACAGUCUUGAUUUAGCGCGAUGCUUUCGGCGUAAAAAUGACAUUUCCGUUAAAUUAUGUAUGUUUCCAGAAUACUACAGCAUUUAACACUACAUCCAAACCGGCAAUGCUUCAUCAACCAUAGGAAAGUAUCAUUUUGAUUCCAUUUUAUGGAGCAUGUAGACAUAUACAAUGAAACGUCGUUAAAAUAAAAAAAUCAGCCAAUGAUCGCAUUGCAUUUAGAUUGAGGUUGCGAUAUACCAAGUUAGAGUUACCGAUUACAGAGGUACAUUUAUAUUCAGACACAAUCUUCAUUUUGAACGGUGCUUCGGCAGGAAAUGUCUUAGAAAUGAUUUUAUAACACGCAUAGCUAUUCUUUACAAACUUAAUAAACGCUUUACUAAGAGAUAUAGAGCAAAUAUGACAUCUUUCUUUGGAAUCUAGUACUGCAUCAAACCAUGAUAUCAUUUUAUUUCGGAAUUUAUGCAUUGCUCCUUUGGCGACAUUUCACUGUAUAUGUAAGUAUUAUGUGUAUUUAGACAAGGUGAUAUAACAAUGAUCACGUAUUUUCAUUAUGUGUAUUUAUCAUCAUGCACAGGGAUAACGAAAUGCCGCACUUUGAAAAUAAUAUCUAAGCGUUUAUUUUGUUGUGAUUCAUUAUUGCCAUAUGUUAUCAUAAACAUCUUGUGUUGAGUAUAAGUUCUUGCAAUUGACUCACAUGCUUGUCUAUCGUAUAAUUGUUGAUAUAUAAUAUGCAUUGUGAAAUUGUAAAAAGUCUUCUUGCUUUUUUGGUAAAUAUGUAUUGAGGCAAUGUCUUAUUUCACGAAAUUAUUUUUAUUAUAUUUAAUGAUAAUUUGAGUACUUAAAUACUUCAUCAAUUAAGUUUGCAAUACGGGGAUUAUUUGAGUGACGUUCAGCGAUUGAUUUUACAAUUACAUUGAUGAAAAAGCAUUACAUUUUGCGGAUUAAUGCACGGUAGAAUUUUGUCUUUGUGAAAUUAAGAAUUAACUUAUUCAUUCCCCUUAAAGUAAAUGGCUAGAUUACACUUCAGGGGCAACAGAUAGCGUAAGUAUCAUACAAUGAGUAAGGUAUGAUAUAAUGUCCUGUCUGUGUGUAUUUCAAUAUAGGCAAAAUACAAAUAGUCUGCGAACAUGUCGCUUUAGGCACAAUCUCGAAAAUAAUCAUUCGCAAACAUUCAUAUAUAUUACUAUUUGUUCAAUAUAUUAUAACAAUUAACAUCUAGAUUUAGAUUUUAUCUUCAUAAAUUCAGUUCAGGCACUUCCAAAUUUUUAUAAAAGCUUGCUGCCGAAUAAUCAUAUUUCGCGGUAAAUAUAAUUUCCAGAUAAAUCGCAACGAGGACGUUGAUUUUUUUUUGCAACAGAUAAACAGCAGAUUGUUUAAGAACCGUUCUAAAUAUUUUAAUUUAGUGUUUAUGUGAAAAAAUAUAUGUCUACUUUCUGUAAUUUAAAUAUUUGAUCAACCUAAUGUUGCCUUUUAUUCCAUUAUACACGUUAUAACAUUGUUAUAAUAUACACCUACCGUUUCAUUAUCACCAAAACUUGAUCCUUUAUGCGUUGUCAGCACUUGUCAAGAGUGAAAAACAAUGUUUCAAGACUUGUACAUCAAAAUAAGAUUUUACAUCCUGUAUGCGUUGUUAGCACUUGUCAAGAGUGAAAAACAAUGUUUCAAGACUUGUACAUCAAAAUAAGAUUUUACUAACAUUUAAAGAUAUCUAAUUAUGUUUGUAAUGUUAACUGUAUGGUUAUUUAGUCAUUACGUAUGUAACUUUUAAAAAAUUAUUUUUAAUUGUUCACUACGAAUGGUAAAUGGUAAUACAGCAUUAACAGUGUAAGGGUCUCAAUUAAAUAUGAAAGACAAACAGAAGCGUGUAGCUGAUAUCACAAAAACAAAGAUGUCGGACACCUAGUAAACAAGAUAUUACAUGUAUCAAACAGCACCUUGUAUACAUUUAAUUAACCGCUUCAUCAAUAUCGAUUACAUUACUUUGAGUAGACAUGUUUAGGGCCUGCUAUUCUCAUGAGUGCCAUAAAAUAAGUAUUGUAUAGUGAUACUGUAGCUUAUAAGGAUAUCACAGAAUUCCAUAAUUUGUGCUGGGAGUUGUAAUUAGAUCGUAUUAAAGUAACAAUUGUAAGACACUAUUCUAUAAAUCAACACCACAAUUGAUUAUCUGAUAAUUUAGCUGCAGCAAAUCUACAUAGAUUUUAACUUCUCUAAGAUAUAUUAAAGUCACAUUUUGUGAAAAUUAGUAAUAAUUCAUAAUCCGAUUGGAAAUAAAAAUAAAAUGACGGCAUCAUUGAAAUAUCUUUAGUUAAAGUCAAUCUACAUCCUUGAGUCACUAAUUUUUAUGUAUUUUUGUACCCUGUUUUUAUGUGUUCAAUUUACUUUUCCCAUGCAAGUCAACGUUAGUCAGACCAGCGUAUGCAUAUCUCAAAGCAGGUAAUAAUUUGUGAUUGAUACCAAUAGAUUUUUAAAAUACGAAUGAUAUCGUACAGUACAGGAGUGUUUCUACACUAUGGUGAUUCAUUACACAGUUUAAUUUUAUCAUACAUGUACAUGUGUAUUACAAAGUUCUAUGUGUACCCGUUUUGUGAUUUUACAAAAUAAAAUAUUUCUUUGAA